CUAAUCUGUAUGCAUUCAUUUUAUAUCUGCCUGGACUUCAGCUUUAAUCUAUGUGCAAAGUUAGUGUCUUCUGCAGCAUGUAAUGUAGUAUUGAUCUCACUGUAAAACAUGAAGUAUUCUAGAAUACUAUGGGAUGGCAGGGGGUUCUGGUUAAUUCAAUUAUAAUGCAUUAUUUUGUUAAAAUGUUUCAAUAUUUAUAAAAUGUUUGUGUUUUUCUUACUACAGCAGUGAGAGAUAAGUGAAUCUGGUGCAGUGUAAGCCACAUUUUCCUUAUCUGGGAAUUCCUGGAUAAGGCAUAAAUGUAAAUGGCUGAAAGUGAAGGAGAAGUGCAAUGGUGACCAACGUCAGGCGGAGAGCAAAACAGGUUCUGGAGUCUUGGUAGCAUCUCCGUUAUUGACAACCACAAUGUUUGAAGGACAGAUGGAUUAUGACUUGGAGACUCCCACAGCCUUCGCUAUCAUUUUACGACAGACUCCUCUCCUGGAGCAGGGAACCCAUCCUAUCAAGCUGUGGGUUACGUAGAUGAUAUACAGAUUUCCAGAUAUGACAGUAAGACCCGGAGAGUACAGCUUCUCCUGCCCUGGAUGGAGACAGAUAUAAAUCCUCAUCAUUGGGAGAAUCAGACCCAGAUUGCUCAGUAUUAUGAGGGCAGGCAGCAGGAGAUAACACGUGACAUAAUAAAACAUUUCAACAACACCAAAGAUCGAAAUAACGGGUUUGUUUUACAAGUUCGAUUUUGGUGCCAGAUGUCUGGAGAUGAGAAUGAGAACGUUAGCGGAUAUGAAGAGUUUGCAGCCAAUGGGUAUCUUUUUAUAGCAUUGGAUACAUUUAUUUCCCAGUAUGUUUCCCUGAUGCCUGAUGCAGAGAAGAUGACUGAUGUCUGGAAUGGCCGCAAGUCCAGCGCUGAAAAGCAAAAGUGGUAUAUGGAGCAGGAGUGUAAGACAUGGUUCAAGGUCUACCUGGACUAUAUGAAAGAGACAUUAAAACCUGUGCAUCCAGAAGUGAAGGUGUGGGGUCGUCAUCGGUCAGAGGAGAAGACAAGUCUUCAUUGUUUGGCAUACGGUUUUCACCCCCGACCUGUGGAUGUGAAGUGGAUGAGAAAUGGGACAGACCAUAUUCCUUCAGAUGAAAUGACUCCAAUUCUCCCCCAUCCUGACGGCACCUAUCAGAUCAGAGUCAGUGUGGAAGUGCCAACCAAUGAGGGAGACACUUACUCCUGUCAUGUGGAGCACCGCAGUCUGGAGAAUGUUCUUAUUGUGAAUCUGACAGAACAGGAUAUGCAAGAAUCAAAAACCGGAAAUCAGUCCUCUGGGCUCACAGCACUGUAUAUUGUCAUUAUUAUCCUGUUGAUUCUUUUGGCGAUUUGUGGUUUUAUGUUCAUUAAAAAGAAAUUCCUUUCACGACGUGGACAGGCUGUAAAAACAGAAGAAGAGGGGAUGGAGGAAAGCGAUAGUUGACUAGCCCCGCUGCAAUUCUUUUUUUAUACAUACAUGUCAUCUUUGUUACCUCUUUAUAUCACUUUUAUAGUGUUUUAUAUGUUUCAUCUUGUACGCAAAAAUGCAUUCCUGUUUAAAGUACCAAAACAAAAAGAAAAGCUGUUAUUGGGUGUAAAGUACUGGUACCUAGAGGUGCGCAUGCCUGCAGCAGACUGCAAGUUCCCAUCGCUACACCUGAAUACCCAACUCUCCUGAUGGGGAAAGUUCCGACACUUCCAGUGCGAGAGAUUGUGGAAUUUCCUCCCAUGGGGUCAGGGAAGCUUUAGCACAACCAGGAAGAGCCGGAGCUUUGGUCUUUAGAAGAGUCGGGUGAUCAGGCAUGAUGGUGGAGCAUUUCAGGCUUCUCCAAGCAUGUGCACCUCUAGGUGUCUGCACUUUACACCUGCAGCAGUGUAAAAAAAAAAAAAA